GUGUCAGUGAUCGUUGCCGUAUUCUGAAGUAGAUAAUAUCUACAUCAGCUUGAUAGACAAUUAUCUCUAUAACAAUCCUCUGAGUCAGACCACCAUCAACUAUAUAUGAAGCGAUACUUGUCUUCAUCCGCGAGACUAGCCAGAACUGAUUACUGGCAUCAACAGCGAGACCUUAUCUUGUCUGUUCUCAACGCUAGACCAUCUGCUAGAGAUUCCAAGUCUUUCCUGGCGUCGUUUAGGAAACCACAGAAGUCAACUAACGGCGAUGUUAAUCAUAGUUUGCCUAUCAGGGCUCUCAACGAGAUUGAUCCCACAACACCGUUAUCUACUACAACUACAGCCCCAGAGGAUGAAAUAUUAGAUCCUAUAAACCCACGCACAGGUUUGGUUAAAUUACAAGGUCCAUUCACAGAUAGGCAGCUCGAUAGUAUCGGAUUCGGGAUGAAUCAUCUGCGAGAAUUGGGUCUUGUCAGUGUAGUAGUUGUCGAUUCAGAGUUAUGGUCGAUAGAACGUCUCAAGCGAGCUAAGAAUAAUGGACCAGUAGCAGUUAGUCAAUUGAUGACUGACAUUAGGGAGGAAGUCAUACGUGUAACAGAAACCCUGAUCGAAGAAGGAAGCGAAGCAAUACCAAUUUUACACCCAAUAGCGCACUUAGAUAGCUCCCCUAAAUGCUUACCACAAUGGGCCACUUCUCGUCAACAUCAAAAAGCCAGGCACGCUCCUGAAACCUGUCACAUUAAUUUGUCCGAUUUGGUACAAAUCCGCAAAGCGAUAAAGAAACGUAUCACCCCAGUUAUUCCUUCAUUUGCAAUAAAUGAUGACCUCAAAACGAUACCUGUACAUGCCGACGAAAUACUUGUCGCACUCUCAGAAUCAUUGGUUGAAGCGCAAUCACAGAAAUCUGAAGAAGCUAAGAAAUUAACAAUGGAUAUAUCACCUUUAAGAUUGCUAAUUAUCACAAAAACAGGUGGUAUACCUUCACCCGCACGUUCUGGUUUACCUCACUUAUCUAUAAACCUCUCUAGCGAACACGAACACAUUGCAUCAACAUUCGUAUGGGAAUCUUCCCAUCCAUCGGCUCUCACAAACUUAUCUCUUGCGCGUAGAUGCUUAAUGAAUAUGCCGCAGUCGUCAACCGCACUCAUCGUUGGACAUCGUUCUGCAAUGGAACUCGUCGCAAAUUUGAUAACUAACAAACCCGCUCAUUCAGCUUCUUUACCCCACGAACUUCUCGUUACAUCAGAUAAGAUUACUACACAUACUCCUACAUCUGUCAGAUUAGGUGCUCCUAUACAGUGUAUUCGCAACUUUGAUGAUAUUGAUCAAGAUAAAUUGACUCAUCUUCUUGAAUCAUCUUUCAAGAGAGUUCUUGAUAGAGAAGCAUUCUAUGGACGACUCAAAAAAUCACUAGAUUUCGUCAUUAUCGCUGGAGAUUAUGGCGGAUGUGCGAUAGUCACUAAUGAAGUUGACCCAGAUAAUGAAAAUGCCGAAGCUAUCGCCUAUUUAGAUAAGUUCGCUGUCUUACCAUCUAUGCAAGGGGAUGGUACAGUUGACUUCCUCUGGUUAGCCCUUCGAGAUGAGAGUUUCGGUUUGGGAUUACUCGAUGCUCUCAAUACAAAUGGCGGUCUAGAGGGUAAAGGUGUUGGUAAAGACCUUGUAUGGAGAUCUCGUGGGAAUAAUCCUAUCAAUAAGUGGUACUUCGAACGUGCAACGGGAUUCUUGAGGGUUGAAGGUAAAACCGAAGCAGCGAGAAAGGCAGGUGGAUGGGUCAUGUUUUGGGCUGAUGCCGAGGACAAACUCGCUAGGAAAUUGAAAGGGAGACAUGCAACACCAUUGGCACCAACAGGUGUUUCUUUACCUGGAAGUGAAGGUCUCAGUAACCCUUCGCUUGGUCUCUCAUUGAUAGAAGACGAGGAGCAAGGACGGCUACUCGUUUAUGAAAAAAUUGCAGCAAAUAUAGCUUCAAGUUGGAAGUAAUAGAGUUAUAAAAUACAUAGAACAACACCAAGUGUACUGACAUUAAACAUAUUCUUGUAUCAUUAAUUAAGAAAUUCACUGGCUAAAUAUCAGCUUGAGAUUUUCAAUUCUCUCUUGUCGAUUCUCUUCUGAUGAUUUACCACCAAGUGCGUUAUCAACUAACGCGGAUUUGCGUUUCUGUAUAUGCAUUACACGAUCUUCAAUUGUAUCCUCUAUGCAGAAUCUCACAACGUGAACAUCCUUCUCUUGACCUAUUCUAUGAACUCUAUCAAUUGCUUGUUUUUCUAUCGCUUCAUUCCACCACACAUCCAUCAUGAACACUCUAUUUGCGGAUGUGAGGUUUAGACCGACACCACCAGCUCUCAAACUUAUAAGCAAAAUCACGGUUCCAUCAUACCUAUCUAGCUCAUUGAGAACAAUUUCACGAUUUUUCUGAGAUGUUGAACCAUCGAGUCUCAAAUACUUAAAAUUAUCUUCUUUCUGUAGAGAGUCUUCUACUAAAUCUAAAAAUGAUGUGAAUUGGGAGAAAACGACAGCCUUGAAAUUUCCUUCGUUUUUGCGUAACUGGUUGAGAUGCUCAGUUAAUGCUCUUAAUUUGGCAGAUGUUUGGAAAUUGUGUGCUUUACGCAGUCUGACUACUUGAUCAUUCUGUGAUGUAGGCUCGCCGUAAACUACUUCAAGUAGCUGGUCUGUUCGUAUUGGACCCACACGGCAGGUCGGACAAGACGUCAUUUCUCCUUUAUCUUCCAACUUGUCAAAGUAUUCCAAAACGCAUUGCUUACAACU